AUGCCCGAAGCAUCCGCCCUCCUCUGCAUCCUCCUCUUGGCGACCGCGCGCUGUGACCGCGGGCGCAUCAUGGAUGACCGCGGACCGGACGUGGGACGCGGAGGACGCGCCGAAGGAUCCCCGCCGGAUGGAAGCGAGGACUCUGAUGUCUCCCCACGCUUGAGAAGAGCGCUGUCCAGAGACAAACAAAUGUCCCUGCAAAGCAGCUCGUUCGUGCUCAAGGGAGAUGCGACGCACAACCAGGCGAUGGUCCACUGGACGGGCGAGAACAGCAGCGUCAUUCUCAUUCUGACCAAGUACUACCACGCUGACUCGACCAAGGUGCUGGAGAGCUCUCUGUGGAGGUCCACCGACUAUGGCACCACCUACACAAAACUCAACCUGAUGCCGGGGACCACCGUCGUAGUGAGCAGCUUCUACAUCUGCCCGACCAACAAAAAGAAGGUGGUCCUUGUGGGCUCCUCCGUUAACGAACGGGACCAAAUGCUGUUCAUCAGCACCGACGAGGGCACCUCCUUCCAGCGGCAGACCGUCUUCUUCACCCCCGACACGCUCAUCUUCCACCCCAAGGAGGAGGACAAGCUCCUGGCCUACUGCAAGGACGGACGGCUCUUUGCAUCCACAGAUUUGGGCCGGAAGUGGACGUUGCUUCAGGAGCGAGUGACCAAGGACAGAGUAUUCUGGUUCGUGCCGGAUGUGGAUGCAGACCCCGAUUUGGUGCACAUGGAGAUGCAGGACACAAGUGGAGGCUACCUGUAUGUCACCUGCCUAAUCCAGAACUGCUCUGAUAAACUGGUGACUGCUCAGUUCUUGGGUAAAAUCGACCACAAUUCUCUGUCGGUGCAGGGCGACUACGUUUUUGUCAAGGUGACUACAGGGAAUCGCACCAAGCACUACGUGUCGUAUCGACGCAACGAGUUUGUACAGAUGAAGUUUCCCAAGUAUGCAUUGCCAAAGGAUGUUCACAUAGUGAGCACAGACGAGCAGCAGGUUUUCCUGGCUUUGCAGGAAUGGUAUCAGACGGAUACUUACAACCUUUACCAGUCGGACCCACGCGGGGUGUACUACUCCAUCGUCUUGGAAAACGUCCGAAGCACCAAGCAACCGGAGGAGUCGGUACUUAUUGACAUCCUGGAGGUCCGAGGGAUCAAAGGAGUCUUCCUGGCCAAUCAGCGGCUGGACGGCAAGGUGAGAACCCUCAUCACCUACAACAAAGGACGCGAUUGGCAGCCUUUGACCCCGCCCGCCACUGAUCUGAACGGCAAAAGCAUCACCUGCAAAGCGCCGGAAUGCCAUCUCCAUUUGCACCUGCGUUGGGCAGACAACCCCUACGUGUCCGGUACUGUCCACACAAAAGACUCUGCUCCGGGUCUUAUUAUGGGAGCUGGUAACCUUGGCUCCAAGCUGGUGGAGUACAAGGAAGAAAUGUACAUCACGUCUGACUGCGGGAAGACAUGGAGACAGGUUUUUGAAGAGGAGCAUCACAUCCUGUACCUGGACCACGGUGGGGUGAUAGUGGCCAUCAAAGACACUUCCAUUCCACUCAAAAUACUCAAGUUCAGUAUCGACGAGGGACACACAUGGACUGUCCACAACUUCACCAGCACCUCAGUCUUUGUCGACGGACUCCUGAGCGAGCCGGGGGACGAGACCUUGGUGAUGACUGUGUUCGGCCACAUCAGCUAUAGGUCCGACUGGGAGCUGGUCAAAGUGGACUUCCGCCAGUCUUUCCCUCGACAGUGUACAGAGGCCGACUACGAGUCAUGGCAGCUGACAGACUCGCAGGGUGAAAAAUGCAUCAUGGGCCAAGAGCGUCAAUUCCGACGGAGAAAGGACACCGCUUUCUGCGUCAAAGGGAAGAGCUAUACCUCGGCUCUCGAGACGAAAGCUUGCCAGUGCACCGAGCGCGACUUUAACUGCGACUACGGUUUCGAGCGAUCCCGAGCAGAAAGCGGACAAUGCUUGGCUGACUUUUGGCAUCAUCCCGAUUCGCCGCCGGACAACUGCCAUCCGGGACAAACUUUCGAGUCCAGUACUGGGUAUCGCAAGGUGGUGUCUAAUGUGUGCGAGGGGGGGUUGAACAAGGAGCAGAGUUCCAGACAAAGCAACUGCCCUCUGCUGCCCCCUAGAGGGCUGCGAGUAGGCAUCAAAGGGCAAAUGCUGGCUGUAGCCCCUGGUGAUGACAUCACAUUCAUCGUGCAUCAGGAGGAGGGCGACACUAGCAGCACCAAGUACCAGGUGGAUCUAGGCGACGGCUUUCGGGCUAUUUAUCGGAACCUGACUGUUACCGAUGAGCCCAUCCAGCACCGCUACGAAAACGCGGGCGUUUACAAAGUUUCCGUGCAAGCGGAGAACACGGCGGGUCACGACGAGGCCAGCAUGUACAUUCAGGUCACAGCACCUUUGCAAGAAGUGCACCUGGAAGUCAUCCCCAUCGCCGGGAGAAACCACCUGGUCAACCUGACGGCUGUCGUCCUUCCUGCCGAGGCCAACCUGACUGUCUUCUACUGGUGGAUUGGAGACAGCCUGCAGCCAAAGUUGACUCUGCACAACAGCAUGCUGACGAGUUUCCCGGAAGCGGGCGAGAUUUCAGUGAGCGUCCAAGUCUCCAACGGGAGAUCCAUGGUGCAGGAUACCAGAAUAGUCCGCGUCUACGAAAACUUCCACGUCAUCCCUCUUAGCUUCAGCGGGCACCUAGACCGCCUCAAUCCCAACAUUCCCGAGUGGCGGGAGGACGUGGGUCAAGUCGUCACUAAGAUACUCGCCAAGGUCACAGGUGUGCCCCAGGACUCCCUGGUCACCGUGGUGAAGGCCGGCCUCCCCACCAUCGCCGACCUGUACGUCCUACCAAUGGAGAGCACGCCAGAGAAGCGAAGUGUAUUUCAAAAUAAGCGUAUUUCGACCAUCAUGCAAGCUUUCAAAGACAACAACGUCAGCUUUUCUGUGCGAGGAGGUCUCCGGGUUCUUGUGCUUCUAGCGGACCCAAACGCAGGGCUAGGUCUAAAUCCUGUCAACUCCACAGCAAAAGCGACAGAGAUUGGUCACGGAACUCCCGGUGGUCCCGGCGUCUGGGCUGUCGCCGUCAUUUUCUUCAUCAGCAUCGCAGCAACGGCCUCCUUUAUUCUCUACAAGUUCAAGAGUCCUUGGCUCAGGACUGAGGAGGUCUAUCCCCCUCUGUUUUUCAGGAAAUUGCCAGGCAGCCGCAGCGUCUACGCCCAGAUGCACAACGAGAAGGAGCAGGAGAUGACCAGUCCCGUCAAUCACAGCGAGGACACGCAGCACAUCAUUCAGGGUGAGGAGUUCAUCGACGACGACUUGGACUCGCAGACGCUAGGUAAUGCGGGAGGCAACCAUUCAGGUGUGGUCCUGAGUGUGAACUCCAGAGAACUUCGCGGGUACCUGAGCAGCUGA